UAGUACAACGUCAGUCGUGUGUAAUGUGUAUCUAUAGUUUCCUUCUGUUUUGAAACCCAAGCAAGCUAAGUGAUUUAGUUCCUUGAGCAAUUAAAAGGGUUUUUUCAAGUGUUUCAUAGUGUAAUCCUUCAGUUUUGACAAGAUGGAAAAGAGAGUUGUGUUGGAACUACGGGGAAGAAAUCCCUCACAGAUCAAGGAGCUGAAUUUGGACAACUGUAGAAGCACAAACAUAGUUGGGUUAUCAGACCAGUACACCCAACUUGAAAUUUUAAGUCUCAACAAUGUGGGACUCACUUCACUCAAAGGAUUCCCCACAUUGCCGAAGCUGAGGAAAUUGGAGCUAUCUGACAACAGGAUAUCCAAUGGGCUGAACUUUCUGAAGGGGUGCAAGAAAUUAACCCACCUCAACUUGUCUGGCAACAAAAUAAAAGACUUGGAGACGUUACAACCUCUAGAAGAGUUUGAGAACUUGAGGGUUUUGGAUUUGUUCAACAAUGACGUCACUACCAUUGAUGACUACAGAGUGAAAGUGUUUGAGCUGCAUCCAUCUGUCAAAUACUUGGACGGAUAUGACAGGGAGGACAGAGAAGGAGAGGACAGUGAUGCCGAGGAGGAAGAUGUGGAGGAACUGAAUGGAAAUAAUGACAGCGAGGAAGAUUCAGAAGAGGAAGAUGACGAUGAGGAGGAUGAUGAUGGGGAAAUAUCACUGAGUGCUGUUUAUCGUGAUAACUUGGAGGAAGAAAGCUCGGCCAGCUCAAUGUUCGCAGGCAGCGAUGUGGAGGAGGAAGAAGAUGAUGAGGAGGACAAUGAGAAUGAUGCCAACCCAGAGCACAAGGCCAAGGCUAUAGACGGAGAAGAGAACGCACGCGACCCCGAAGAGAGCACUCGAGGUAAAAAGCGAAAACAUGAGGACGAGGACGAAAAUUGAAGUUGCCUUAUGCGGAGUUAUCUUACUAGUUCGUAAGUGUACAGCACUCCGGAGCGUCGGACAAUAAACACGGUCAUAGCUAUGGUGAACCAAACUUCGGCCGCUCAGAAAUUGUGUGUCUUGACAGAUCGUGAUCGAAUGGGCGACGUAACUUUGAACUGGUGAACAAUUUACGGCGAAAGGAGAUGGUCCAAAAUAGUAUGCAGCCCAGGAUCAGUCAUUGUACCCAAGCGGAAAUUAAAGAAUAUAUUUUUCCCUAUUUUUGAAAUCUACGAAUUUACUGUUUUCUUUCGAAAUAAUAUUCAUUCUCUUCCAAGAAAUGCAACAUUAAUAUGGGUAAUAAUGCCGGAUUUAUGACUUUUUUAAUGCAGUAGUCGAAUUGACGUUUGCUGUCAUUGUCAUGUUAUAGUUGCUUUAAGGGCGCCAUCUUGAUAUUACUCAAAAACUUUGGUUUUAAUUUUAUUUAUUUCUUUUUAUUUAGUUAGAUUUAUUCACUUAUUUAGAUUUUAAUAAAACACUAGUAUUUUUAAAAUUUUAAUGAUACGGGGUACAGGAGUGGACCUGAAAUGGACCAUCUCCUUUUAAAUAUAUUUUAUUAAACUUAAUAAUGAGUAAUAACAUUAAAAAUUGAAUAAUUAUGCCAACUUACAAUAAACCUAUUAAUUUUGGGUUAAAAUUAUUAACAAUUAAAUGAGAAAAUUAUGAUUUUUAAACCAAAGUUACAAAGUUAUGCCAACUGUUUAUUUUGUUUUUGUAUCACCAUCUGACAGGUGUCAGAAACGCAAUCUCUGAGCGGCCGGACUUUAACGUUCUUAUGGGGAUACAGUCCGAACUGUACAUGGGUCCAUAACCAUAAACCAGCGCAACAACUACCGAAGUCAUUCUAUAUUAUCACCAUUUAACUAAAAGUUCGUUGACGUCAUUUUUGUGUGUGGAAUCUGCAGUUUGUUGUCCGAAAGUUAAUAUUUCAAUUAAAUUGUUUAUGUAAUAAUUAUUUUUUAUUCAAUUUGACAUGCUUUCUUUAGUCUAAUCCUCAGACUAAUUACAUAAGGACUUGUAUCGCAUUCAAAUUCACGAACAAAAUUGUGUUAUUUUUUGAGGAAAACGUACUAAAGUUUGGUAUAUAUGUACUAAACUAGGAAUUUUUGGCCAGUUUUUACUCCAUUCAACUACAAAAAAAAUGGUAUUUUUAAGGAGUUAUUUAACCCACAAACACGAUUACAACUAUGAAACAUCAAUACUAUGGAGACGUUUAUUAUCGCAUUGGAUCAUUGAUCAUAUACUUUGACAUAAAAGCUACAUCUAGCGAGGCAGGUCCUUAUCUAAUUAGUCUGAGGUCUAAUCGAACGAAAUGAGAGUGCAUGAUUUUUUUUUAGAUGUAAAUUAGCUCUCGAACUUUUAAGAUUACAAUAUAAUGGAGUAGCUAAGUGGUAAGUACUAUUAAUGUGAAUAUGUGAAUGAUGAUCACAUAUUAAAUGUAUGACACAUUUUUAAUUCUGUUUUGAAAAUAUAAAUUCUAUGCAAGAGAUUCCGCCUGUAUUUACAACCAACUGUUAGACUGGUUGAGACAUAUUUAAUGGUAAUCGUAAAACCGAUUACAUCGGACAUUUAUAUUUACAAAUAGUCUAAUAGCAAAAUGAUAGAUAAUGUUCAGUGACACAUUGCAAAUAGGUUGCCUAGUUAAAUUGCGGCCAAACAUAUUUUUCAUACAAAAUCUAGGAAACUAUGAAUUUGAUCAAAGGCAACCUAAUACAGUUAAAUUAAAUAUAAAAAAGCUUUCAUUUGAUAUACUAACUGAUGAGGGUAUAUAAAUAACAUUACUUAACUGUUUAUAUAAGGCAACCCCACAAUUGCAGUGUGAGCAGGCAACCUUUAUAGUCCUUUUCAUGAAAGAAGUCAGUAAGGCACUGUCAAUUUUAGAUCAGGUUUUUUCUUUUAUGAAAAGGAGUAUACUUUUUGAAUUAUUUUAACGAGCACGAUUUUUUUAACUAACCAAUGAAGGAAGAAGAUUUAGUAAAUAUAAAAAAAUCAAUACCGUUUGACCGCAGUUUGACUAGGCAACCUAUGUGUGUGUCAAUGUGAAUAUUUUCUAUCAUUUAUUUCUUAUCCCAAUUAAAUAACAGAUGAGGGUAUAUAUUUCUUAUGUCGGAUCUCGUAUACCUGCGACUUAAAUCCAUAAGGGGUUCAUACUUUACCAAAAAAACGAAAAAAUAUCUGCAAUAUGUACUUUAGCACGUUUGAAAUAAAUUUAAAUCAUUCCCGAUAUAACAGUAGUCCCACUUGAAAUAAAUUUACACCUCUUUAUAAUUUUUGGUAAUUUUAAUAUAUUUAUUGUAGUGUAAAUUCUUCUCUUUUAGACAUUCAGUAAUGUUACUUUUUGUUUUCGAAAUGGCAACCACAUUUUGCCAUAUUAUUAAUUAAGUUACCCCAAACUAAUAAAUGCAAUGAAGCCAUUUAAAACAAUUACAAUAAAUAAAGUCAAUUGUUUUGUAUAUUAUAAUAUACAAACGUAUAAAAGAUCUAUAUGUACACGAGAAAAUAUUGUGGCGCCCUUUUAAUAUCCAAUAAUAAAAUAUAUAAAUUUGAUUAUUUCAAUUCUCAAAAUGUAUGUAUAUAUUCUUGAAUUCGUAUGAUUUUGUAAUCUCACAUUUAUACCCCAAAAACUUAUGGCGGUAGGCGUGAUAAAAUAAUAAUUAUUGUUAAUAUAAUUUUUACUUUAGUAAUAAUAAUACUAAAAAUAAAGUUAUAGCAAUUACAAAUAAAAUAAAAUGUUACAAAUAAAAUAACACACUUAAGUAUAAUUUUUAACUUAGUUAAGGUCAGAUUUAUUCAUAGGGAGGGGGUUAUAUAUUUAUUUUAAUAAUACAGCUACUUUUGGAGUCUGACUGUCAAAACAUGACAUUAAAAUAAUAGGUUACCUACCUACUAGAAAAGUUUAGGGUCAUAGAAAAGUUGUAAUACCUGAUAAUAUUUAUUUGAAAUUGAAAUUUGAGUGUAGAUUGAAAUGUUACUUUAUGACCCAAUCUGCCAUUAGUUUUUGCUGAUAUGUAUAUAAGAAAUUCUAAAUGAUGCUUGUGGUGUUUUUGUUCAAAUUAUCGUAAUAAAAUGUUAUAAUGAUUUUUUAAUUGAAUUAGAUGAAAUUCUUUGACUUCUUACCGAUUUCAGAGAAUAUUUUUCUAUAAUAUUUUUAAAUUUUAAAAGAGCAAUUUAUGCACCUAGUAUAUGUUUGGUUGAUACAUCAUGGUGAAUGUGCCAGAUAAGUGUUGAAGAGAAUUUUAGUUAUUAAUCUUAUUGUAUUGUGUAAGUCAUUAAGUUUAAGUAAUUUACAACUUGGUCUGUUGAAAUAUUAUAAUCCUAUUAAGACUUUAUUUCUGGGAUUGUAAAAUAAAACCUACAUCCAAAA